AUGUCUCCUCACAUUGAACUGCCUAUGAAUACGGCACACCAACACGCAGCAAACGCCGAAGAUUACAUGAAUAGUGGCCUGCUCGUUCCAGCCUCUGAGGAACAUUUUAAGGCAGCAGAAGCAUAUACUGCUGCUGUGGAUUGUACAGAGGAUGCAUCAACGAAGCGUACGCUACAAAUGCUCUGCAAUGAACAUAGGAGAACUGGCAAAGAGCUCUUAAGGAAGAUUGCGAAAUUAGAAAGCGAAGGGAAAGAUCCAACUGAACCUCAGAAGAGUAAUCAAAUCCAAACCAACUCCAACCCGCAAAUAAUUGCUGGUUCAUCUCGUAUAAUCCAUUCAGCGCCUCCACAGCAGCACUUGACCGAUUCUCAAGUUGCUGUUGAUGAAUCAUUUAUGCUUUUAGCCGGCCAACGAUCGGACCCUGGUGAUGCCUUCAAUCAAUUCUGGAAUAUUAUGCAAGGAAUGCUGGACAAUUUAUCCCAGCCUGUUGCUUUUGCUACUGUACCUCUGGGUGUUGAAGCAAUUCCCGGGCCGUCGUCGCCACGUCGAGAUUCGAGUCUCAGUAGUGAUACAGAGUCCGAGGAACCAAUAGUUUCGCGACUAACGCGCAAACUGGGAAUGGGAAGAACUACCUCGGCAAUGCAAAGCAAAACGUUAUCCCGGUCAUUGAAAACUCCAAUUAGCUCAGAACUCGAGCUAGAGGAUGAUGAUUUCUUUGAUGAAGGCGACGAUCUAUCGGGCUCAUUCUACGUUAUACCGUCUGAAUCCACCAUGUCAUUCUUGAAGAAAGAGAAUGUCGCUCUCAAAGCCGAAAUAGAAUUGACGCAGAAACGUCUGGAAGCAUCUGAGCGAGUACUACAGAUGAGGAAAGAACAAGACAUGCAGCUCAGGGAAAGUAUAGUCCAGGCUUCGAAGGAGGCACAGCGUGCCAUGGGGGCUUCAUUUGUUGGACAGCGGGGCCAAAUAGCGCCUGACUUUGCCUCUGUCAACCUAAAUGUUCCUGCCUCCGCCCUACCGAUCCCAGGUAUUCAUACUGCCCGCGAGGGCCAAUACAUGAGGAAAGUGAAGGAGCUCGAGGAGGAAUUGCGAUCACUGCGUAAUGAAAAUGAGAAGAACAAAGCUAUGAUUGUCAAAUUCCGAGAACGUUGGGAAAAACUCAAAGAAUCUGCCAAACGCAAAAAAGAAAGCAAAGCUGCCGCGGAGGCUGCCCAGGCUGUUCGAGAACGUAUAGUUGAAGAACCGGAGACUGAGGAUGAAUUGGAUCGCGGUGGUGCGAGAUAA